UUGAAAGGGAAGUGGAUGAAGAAGUUUCCGCCUGAACUUCUUGUUUAAACAACGACCUUGCCAUGGCAACAGCGCGAUUUUGUGUCUUAUUUAUCAUCCUCGCCGUGGCUUUAGCGGAAGAUGCUAAAGUAAAACACAAAACUGCUCCAAAACCUGUCCGUUUAUUCACCGAGGAGGAGCUGCAGAGAUACGACGGCAGCGAGGUAAACUGUUGGAGAAAUAAAAUCCCGGCAUGUGCUGCUGAAAAUGAACUCGCGUGUCUACUUGAGGGCCAGCCUAUUUAUAUGGCAGUAAAAGGGGUUGUGUUUGAUGUCACCAAGGGAAAAGAGUUUUAUGGAAAAGAUGCUCCAUAUAAUGCGCUGGUAGGUAAGGACUCCACUCGAGCUGUGGCCAAGAUGUCACUGGACCCCGCAGACUUGACAUCAGACACUACAGGCCUCACUGAAGAGCAGCUAAAGUCUCUGGACAGUAUAUUUGAAGGCACCUACAAAGCCAAGUAUCCCAUUGUGGGUUACACAGCAUCCCGUAUCCUGAACGAGGAUGGAAGUCCCAACAAAGACUUCAAACCCGAGGACCAGCCUCAUUUUCAAAUCAAAGAUGAAUUUUAAUGUAAUUUCAUGUGGUCACUUUACUUGACAAGAAUCGCGAUGAAGAAGUUUGAUACAUGUGCAAUAAUAGGAGAAGCAUUAUCCUGUUGACUCAAGAUUGAGAAUUAAAUAGCGCUUUAAUAGCUUUGACCAGUUUACGGUGCACCAACUACUUUAAUACCUGUUGUAUCAUCUGACUAAGAUAAAAAGCGGGGACUUUGGAGUAAGAGUAUGCAGAUAGUUAACGGUCUCCCGGAGACACAUUUAAAGAAGUUUAAGCACAGAUCAAGAUGCCUCCUGCUCCUCUCACAGUGCUCUAAGCCAUUUAAUUUCAUACUCUAAACAUUAGGAGCUCAAAGAUCCUUCCAAACUUAAAAUAAUCUUCAUGCACUGUAGCUGCAGUGUUUUGUUUUAUUUUUAUAAAUGAGAGACUGUAGCUGAUUAUUUUUGUCACUAAUCAAUUCAUUUUUUGAACUCUGUAUUUUACUGUGAAACUAAAUGAAUUAUGUGAAUGACUCAGUGGAAUAUUUAUGUUUAGGAAACAAUAAAUCUGCAGCUUUGUUAGUGUUCAUCGGUCCACAUGUAUUCAACUUGUUCGUCUACAAUUCUCAUUAAAGUCUGAAAAUGUU